AUGUCCAGCGCUACAUCCCUCCAGCUAAAAUGUGAAAAGCUCCGAGAGACCAUUGCGACCACGCGAGCUGCAAAGGCCAAUGGUGGAUUCAAGGGCAAGACUCACCACGAUCGAGUCAAGGACAUUCCGUCGCCGCCCGUCUGCAGACGUGUCUUGAAAGGUCAUUGCGGCAAGAUCUACGCGCUGCACUGGAGUACGGACAGUAACCGUCUCGUCUCGGCGUCUCAGGACGGGAAACUCAUCAUCUGGAAAGCUCAAAUGCAGCAAAAGGUUCAGGUCAUUCCAUUACGUUCGAGCUGGGUCAUGACGUGUGCUUUUGAGCCAACACGGGGCCAAAUGGUGGCCUGUGGCGGACUGGACAAUCGCUGCAGUAUUUAUCACAUAUCUCAGGCACACGUCGUGCGUCCUGCUAGGGAAUUGACAGCACAUGAUGGAUACCUGAGUUGCUGUCGAUUCAUUGACGAGUCGACUAUUGUCACGAGCUCAGGGGACUCCAAGUGCAUGUUGUGGGACAUUGAACGGGGAGAAGUCAAAACGACGUUCCGAGAACACGCAGGGGACGUGAUGGCCGUGAGUCUGAAUCCUCAUGAUUCAAACAUGUUUGUCUCGGGGUCGUGCGAUGCGACGGCAAAAGUGUGGGACCUUCGAACGGGCAGAAGCACGCAUACGUUCCAAGGUCAUGAGUCCGAUAUCAAUUCGGUUGAUUUCUUUCCUAGUGGCAAUGCUCUUGGUACUGGUUCGGACGAUUCUAGCUGCCGACUCUUUGAUUUGCGAGCAUAUGGAGAGCUAAAUAACUUCAGCAACGACAAGAUUUUGUGUGGAAUUACGUCCGUCAGUUUUUCCAAGUCUGGUCGCUUCCUCUUUGCUGGUUAUGACGACUAUAACUGCUACUGCUGGGACGUGCUUAGUACCACGGGUAUGCAUGUCUACCAGCUUGCAGGGCACGAGAACCGCGUAUCGUGUCUGGGUGUUGACCCGAAAGGACAAGCUUUGUGUACAGGAAGCUGGGACACGCUGCUCAAGAUUUGGGCCUAG